GGCGUGCGUUUGCCUAUGUGACACAAUUACAACAACUUUGAGCCGAUGGUUUGGGGGAAGUUUACGAUAUUACCAAGUAAACACUCCCUCCUAAAAAACCAACAUUACACCAACUUCAUGCAUACAAAGGCACUGGAAUAUACGCCGUGUUUUGAAGUACAAUGAGGAGUGUGGAAGGUAACUUGAAGGGAUCAUUUCCUUGAGGAUUUGGACAAGAAUUGGGCAAGAAUUUAGUCGCUAACGCCCCGUUUGAGUCCUGGAUAUCCGUGCAAAACCUCUCGUUGUUAGCGCAUUCUCUUGGAGUUUCUCGGUGUGGUCGAUAUUCCCAUUUCUUCCCCAUGAAAUCGUGUGCUGCUGCUGCUCGGAGCCUUGCUGGUAAUGACGAGGAGAAAAUGGCGUCGGGAACAGAUAUCGAAGAGGACUUUCCGAAGCUCACAGCGCAGGAGAAACAGAGCUUGCACGGCACUGACAGUUCACUGUUUGGAUUUCAUAGGCUUCAAGAAGAUGGCGCCAGAACGAAGGCCUUGCUGUUAAAGGCUGUUAGCUGCUAUGAUGCCCUCAUCCUGAAAGCAGAGGGCAAAGUGGACCCGGACAUUUUCUGUCAGCUGGGCCACUUCAACCUGUUGCUGGAGGACUAUCAGAAAGCAUUAUCUGCAUACCAGAGGUACUUCAGUUUACAGUCGGACUACUGGAAGAAUGCUGCCUUUUUAUAUGGCCUUGGCAUGGUUUACUUCCAUUUCAACGCAUUUCAGUGGUCAAUCAAGGCGUUCCAGGAGGUUCUUUACAUCGACCCCAGCUUCUCCAGAUCUAAAGAGAUCCACCUGAGACUGGGACUCAUGUUUAAAGUCAAUACAAACUACGAGUCCAGCUUAAAGCAUUUUCAGCUGGCUUUGAUCGACUCCAAUCUCUGCACUUUGUCCAAAGCUGAAAUUCAGUUCCACAUUGCUCAUUUGUAUGAGAUCCAGAAGAAAUACAGAGCGGCGAAAGAAGCGUAUGAAAGUCUCUUGCAGACGGAGAACCUUCCUGCACAGGUGAAGGCGACCUCUCUGCAACAACUGGGCUGGAUGCAUCACACGGUGGAGACGCUGGGGGAUAAAGGCAACAAGGACAGCUAUGCCAUCCAGUGUCUGCAGAAGUCUCUAGAAGCAGACCCAAACUCCGGACAGUCCUGGUACUUUCUCGGCAGGUGCUACUCCAGUAUAGGGAAGGUGCAGGAUGCCUUCAUCUCUUACCGUCAGUCCAUCGAUAAGUCAGAGGCCAGCGCUGACACCUGGUGCUCCAUAGGGGUUCUGUACCAGCAGCAGAACCAGCCUAUGGACGCUCUGCAGGCGUAUAUCUGUGCGGUUCAGCUGGACCACAGCCACGCGGCCGCCUGGAUGGACCUGGGCACGCUGUACGAGUCCUGCGGGCAGCCGCACGACGCCAUCAAGUGCUACAUCAACGCCACGCGGAGCAAAGCCUGCCUCAACACGGCUGCACUCACUCAGAGGAUCAAGCUGCUGCAGGCUCAGUUGUGUAACCAACAGCCAGGUAGUCUGCAGAAUAAGAGUAAAAUGCUUCCUAGUAUUGAAGAGGCGUGGAGUUUACCCAUUCCUGCUGAGCUCACGUCCCGGCAGGGGGCCCUGAGCACUGCACAGGAGCAGGCCUGUAAAGCAGAGGAAAGUAAUCACACAGACCCUCAGGCCAGUCCAGCGAAGAGGAAACGGACCUCCAGCCCGGCUAAGGGUGCUGGAGAGUCGCUGGAGAACAUGAACACCCAGCAGCAGCAGCAGAUCCCCAGCUGGUACCUGACGCCACAGAAGCUCCAGAACCUUGAUCACUUGCGGUCGAACCGAGCGAACCUCAAGCCUCCUCAGGUUCAGAUCCUGGAGCAGCUGGAGCAGCAGUUUGUCCUCAUGCAGCAGCAUCAGCAUCGACCCAGCCUCCCCAACGGUCCUCUGGCUGAAUUGUCUCACCUCAACGCCAGCCUCCCUCGAACCUCCCCCCUCAAACACACCUCCUCCCAGCCCACAGCUAAUGGAUCCUGUUCUUCUAGUCCCUCCUCCUCCUCUGUGGGGACACUAUUAGGACACCUGGACAAAAACCACAGCGUGGGACUGGGAGCGAGCAACGGAAACGUGCCUUACCCUCAGCAGAACUCUCUACAGCAGAACUCUCUACCUUUCCCUCAGCAGAACUCUCUACCUUUCCCUCAGCAGAACUCUCUACCUUUCCCUCAGCAGAACUCUCUACCUUUCCCUCAGCAGAACUCUCUACCUCAGCCCAGAAGUCCCAGCGCUGUGGAGGAUGGGUGGAGGAACCAGCAGCAGCGCAACAACACCACUCAGGGGCUUCACAAAGGUUCUCAUUCGGCAGGUCCCAAUGGAGAACCCCCGUUCUCUUCCUCCCCUCACCCCUCCUUCUCUUCCUCUGGACUUCUAAAUCAGGUGGGCCACUCCUCCGGUCCCUGCACUGCCUCCUCCUCCGCCUCCUCCCUCUCUCCCACCUCCCCCCAAACCACACCCAACCACCACCUGUCCUCGCCCCCCCACUGCACCUCCUCUACUACCUCAGGGGUCCAAACCAAAGACGCCACGCCUUCAGGGGCCACAAACAGCGACUUUCUGCCAUCAGUUUCUGCAGGCACGCCGUUAAGUCCCGCCCCCGCGCAGGGAUCGACUAAUCACGUCCAGCCGCGGGUGACGGACAGCUCUCCAGACAAUCCUCAGCUCUCAGCCUUGCUAAAGGGAAAAGCCAGUAACAACAACGACGACAACAAUAACUUCAGUAACCACGGGGGGGCUUCCUCGGAGAAAAUCAAAAUCAACAACGUCCACGAUCCUCAAACCUCCAACAGCCUCUCCUGCCUUAACAGCCCGUCCAAAAGCAACACCCAGGGGCCAAAGGUCAACGGGAAGGGGUCGCAGGAGUCUCAGAGCCCCAUGAAAGUGGAGCAUCCUGCUGAAAAGAGACUUUCUCCCUCUGUUCUGGCUCCCUGGUCGUCAGUGUCCAUCUACCCCAGCUCCAGCGAGGUGCUAAAAGCGUGCAGGAACCUGGGGAAGAACGGCCUGUCGACGAACAGCAUCGUCCUGGACAAAUGUCCUCCUCCACGGCCCCCCCGCCCUCCUUCUCCUCCGCUGCCAAAGGACAAACUCAACCCCCCCACGCCCAGUAUUUAUCUGGAAAACAAGAGGGACGCCUUCUUCCCCCCCCUCCAUCAGUUCUGCACCAACCCUUCAAACCCCGUCACCGUCAUCAGAGGACUGGCAGGAGCGCUCAAACUGGAUCUGGGUCUGUUCUCCACGAAGACCCUGGUGGAGGCGAACCCCGACCACCUGGUGGAGGUCCGCACGCAGCUCGCUCAGCCCGGAGACGAGAACUGGGACCAGAGCGGAGGAAAGAAGAUGUGGCGCUGCGAGAGCAGCCGCUCACACACCACCGUCAUCAGAUACGCCCAGUACCAAGCAUCCUCAUUCCAGGAGUCUCUGAGGGAGGAGAAUGAGAAUAAGAAGAAGGAGAUGGACACGGACGCAUCUUCAUCAGACAGUGCGCUGCGACGGAGGAAAGGCUCCUUCAAACACCUGAAGUUCGGCACCAACAUCGACCUGUCGGAUGAAAAGAAGUGGAAGCAGCAGCUGCAGGAGUUGUCUAAACUUCCAGCGUUUGCUCGUGUUGUGUCAGCUGGUAAUCUGCUGAGUCAUGUUGGUCACACCAUCCUGGGCAUGAACACGGUGCAGCUCUACAUGAAGGUCCCCGGCAGCCGGACGCCAGGUCACCAGGAGAACAACAACUUCUGCUCAGUAAACAUCAACAUCGGUCCUGGAGACUGCGAGUGGUUCGCUGUUCCUGAAGCGUACUGGGGCGUCAUCAACGACUUCUGUGAAAA